CAGGAAUGUGCUAACGGGGCAACUUGGGCCUUGCUGGUCCACGCAGGCACCUGUGGACUUUGAGAGGGGACCGGGUGGGGAGGGGUGGGGAGGGGCGGGGCGGGGCGGUGCUGCAGAGUGCAGGGAGGGCGGGGCCAGGCCAGCAGGGAGUGAGCUUGUCUGGCCGCCUUGCCUCAGAGCCACUGCACUGCUGGCUGCAGACACAGGCUGCACCAUGAAGCCAGCCCUCCUGCCCUGGGCCCUGCUGCUGCUGGCGACAGCCCCCGGCCCGGGCCCCGGACCCACAGCAGAUGCCCAAGAGAGCUGCUCCAUGCGCUGUGGCGCCCUGGGCGGGCCGUGUUCCUGCCACCCGACGUGCUCCGGCCUUGGUACCUGCUGCUUGGAUUUCCGGGACUUCUGCCUGGAGAUAUUGCCCUACUCAGGCUCCAUGAUGGGCGGCAAGGACUUUGUGGUGCAGCACUUCAAGAUGUCCAGCCCCACAGACUCCAGUGUGAUCUGCAGGUUUAAGGACAGCAUCCAGACCCUCGGCCAUGUGGACUCCUCCGGGCAAGUGCACUGUGUGUCGCCCCUGCUCUAUGAGAGCGGCCACAUCCCCUUCACCAUCUCACUGGACAACGGCCUCUCUUUCCCUCGAGCGGGCACCUGGCUGGCUGUGCACCCCAACAAAGUGUCGAUGAUGGAGAAGAGUGAGUUGGUGAACGAGACGCGUUGGCAAUACUACGGCACCGCCGACACCUCAGGCAACCUCAGCCUGACCUGGCAUGUCAAGUCGCUGCCCACGCAGACCGUCACCAUUGAGCUGUGGGGCUACGAGGAGACAGGAAUGCCCUACUCACAGGAGUGGACUGCAAAGUGGUCGUACCUGUACCCCCUGGCCACACACAUCCCCAACUCCGGCUCUUUCACCUUCACCCCAAAACCUGCUCCUCCCAGCUACCAGAGAUGGCGAGUGGGUGCACUUCGGAUCAUCGACAGCAAAAAUUACGCAGGGCAGAAGGAUGUGCAGGCGCUCUGGACCAACGACCACGCGCUGGCCUGGCACCUGAGUGAUGACUUCCAAGAGGACCCUGUGGCCUGGGCACGAACUCAGUGCCAGGCCUGGGAGGAGCUGGAGGAUCAGCUGCCCAACUUCCUGGAGGAGCUGCCGGACUGCCCCUGCACCCUGACCCAGGCCCGGGCUGACUCCGGCCGCUUCUUCACGGACUAUGGCUGUGACAUGGAGCAGGGCAGCGUGUGCACCUACCACCCCGGGGCCGUGCACUGUGUGCGCUCUGUGCAGGCCAGCCCCCGGUACGGCUCAGGUCAGCAGUGCUGCUACACAGCAGACGGGACGCAGCUCCUGACGGCUGACUCCAGCGGCGGCAGCACUCCCGACCGCGGCCAUGACUGGGGCGCACCCCCAUUCCGCACGCCACCCCGAGUGCCCAGCAUGUCUCACUGGCUCUACGAUGUCCUCAGCUUCUAUUACUGCUGCCUCUGGGCACCCGACUGCCCCCGCUACAUGCAACGGCGGCCCUCCAAUGACUGCCGCAACUACCGGCCCCCGCGACUGGCCUCCGCCUUCGGAGACCCACACUUUGUGACCUUUGAUGGCACCAACUUCACAUUCAAUGGGCGUGGAGAGUACGUGCUGCUGGAGGCAGUGCUGACCGACCUGAGGGUGCAGGCGCGGGCCCAGCCCGGGACGAUGUCCAACGGCAUGGAGACCCGUGGCACUGGGCUGACCGCAGUGGCCGUCCAGGAGGGCAACUCAGAUGUGGUGGAGGUCAGGCUGGCCAACAGGACCAGAGGUCUGGAGGUGCUGCUGAACCAGGAUGUGCUGAGCUUCACCGAGCAGAGCUGGAUGGACCUGAAGGGAAUGUUCCUGUCGGUGGCUGCCGGGGACAGGGUCUCCAUCAUGCUGGCAUCAGGGGCUGGCCUGGAGGUCAGCGUGCAGGGCCCGUUCCUGAGUGUGUCCGUCCUGCUGCCUGAGAAGUUCCUCACCCACACCCACGGCCUCCUCGGGACACUGAACAACGACCCCACCGACGACUUCACCCUGCGCAGCGGGCGCGUCCUGCCCCCGGGCACCAGUCCCCGGGAGCUGUUCCAGUUUGGGGCCGACUGGGCCGUGCACAACGCAUCCUCCCUGCUCACCUACGACUCCUGGUUCCUGGUCCACAACUUCCUGUACCAACCCAAGCACGACCCCACCUUCGAGCCCCUCUUCCCUGGUGAGACCACAAUCAACCCCAGCCUGGCACAAGAGGCAGCCAAACUUUGUGGGGAUGAUCAUUUCUGCAACUUCGAUGUGGCAGCCACUGGGAGCCUGAGCAUGGGCAAUGCCACUCGGGUGGCCCACCAGCUCCACCAGCGUCGCAUGCAGAGCCUGCAGCCAGUGGUGUCCUGUGGCUGGCUGGCCCCACCUCCCAAUGGACAAAAGGAGGGCAACAGGUACCUGGCGGGUUCCACCAUCUACUUCCACUGUGACAACGGCUACAGCCUGGCCGGGGCAGAGACCAGCACCUGCCAGGCUGACGGCACCUGGUCCUCACCCACCCCGAAGUGCCAGCCAGGACGCAGCUACGCGGUGCUGUUGGGCAUCAUCUUUGGGGGCCUCGCGGUGGUGGCGGCGGUUGCGCUCGUCUAUGUGCUGCUGCGCCGCAGGAAGGGCAACAUGCACGUCUGGGGUGCACAGCCCUGAUGGGAGCAGCUUGGCUGUGAGCACCAGGCCAAGACUCUUGAGAACAGGCAGCCCAGUCCUGCGGCUCCCGCAUCCCCAGGACCAGACACCUGGGACCUGGACACUUGAUACCUGGGCAUUUAACCCCCUACUCUGUCAUCUCAGACCCCAGGCAGGAGGCCCAGUGUUCCAACACCCAAGCCUCGUGCUAGCAGCACUCCGUGCUGUUCCCCACACACUCACGGCUCUAAUUCCCCAGACCUGAAACUUCAUACCCUGGGAUUCUAAUACCUGUGUCCUGAGCCCUGACACUCCCACACCUGAGCCUCAGAUUCCAAUACCUCACUCCCCAGAGCCUGACGCCGGGGCCCCUGACCCCUGAUCUGCGGAGGCCUGCUCCCCCACUGCGCGGGCACCAGUGCAGUGCUGCCUUGGUUCCUGGACCCCGGGCCCACCCUGGGACCCCAGAUGGGGUAAGGAGAGGCCCUAGAACCCCAGAGCAGACAGCGAGACCCCCAGCGGCAGAGACCUCCCUCGGGACUCCAGGCUUGUAAUUUCGAACUCUUCUGGAAGGUCACUCAGGAACACCCUCCCUGCCUGUGCAAGGAGAAAACAAGCGCCUCGUUUCCUUCC